UUAUCUCCCAUCUCUCUGACUUUGUCACGGCGUUCCAUUUCCCUUCCCUCCUUCAGGUCAAAUUUGAAAAUUAGUAACUUUGGAAAUGAAAUGAUCCCAGUCCCACUAAUUUCGAUAUCAUUGCGCUUCAUUGGCCUGCGAAAAUAGAUUAUUUCCUUUCCCAUCAACAGCCGCUCGUUCAAAUAUAUUCCCAAUAAUUUACCUGCUGUUUUUCAUUUCUGGGUCAUUCGUAAAUUCAAGCGAAAAUAUGGGCUAUCUCAAUUCUGUGCUCUCAUCUUCAAGCCAGGUUCAUGCCGAAGAUGCACCCGUAUGCGGCGGGGGCCUCAGUCAGAAUGGAAAAUUCAGCUAUGGAUAUGCAAGCUCUCCAGGGAAAAGGUCUUCAAUGGAAGAUUUUUAUGAGACACGAAUUGAUGGUGUUGAAGGGGAGAUAGUUGGCCUGUUUGGAGUCUUUGAUGGUCAUGGGGGCGCCCGAGCUGCUGAAUAUGUCAAGCAAAACCUUUUUAGUAAUUUGAUCAGGCAUCCAAAUUUUAUUUCUGACACUAAAUCAGCUAUAGCUGAUGCAUACAACCAUACUGACUCAGAGCUUCUGAAAUCAGAAAAUAGUCAGAACAGAGAUGCUGGAUCAACUGCUUCCACUGCCAUCUUAGUUGGCGACCGUUUGCUUGUUGCAAACGUUGGGGACUCGAGAGCAGUAAUUUGUAGGGGUGGUAAUGCCAUUGCUGUUUCUCGUGAUCACAAGCCAGACCAAACUGAUGAGCGGCAACGGAUUGAGGAUGCAGGUGGAUUUGUUAUGUGGGCUGGAACUUGGAGAGUUGGAGGAGUUCUUGCUGUUUCUCGCGCAUUUGGUGAUAGGCUCUUGAAGCAAUAUGUGGUUGCUGAUCCAGAAAUUCAGGAGGAAAAGAUUGACAGCUCCCUUGAGUUUCUUAUCCUUGCUAGUGAUGGACUCUGGGACGUUGUCUCAAAUGAGGAGGCUGUUGAGUUGGUUAAGCCAUUUCAAGACCCAGAACAGGCAGCGAAGAGGCUGAUGCAGGAAGCGAAUCAGAGAGGUAGCGCAGAUAAUAUUACCGUUGUUGUUGUUCGUUUCUUGGUCAAUCAAGGGGGUUCCUCUCAUAGCAAUUCUGGGUAAGCACCCUCUAUCAGCUUGGUUGUAGGUUUUGUUUUCCUACAAAGUGGAAGAUUGGGUGCAAUAAACUGUACUGGGUCGCAGUGAUACUAAAUCUUGGUGUUGUACUGUUUAAGGAUAGAUAUGUAAACCAACUCAUCAGGCUGCAAUGUGUAUUUCAUAUUAUCAGCUUUUAACGUAGAGCUGUAUCCGAAGCUGGGUCUUGAAGGUUGAAUGUGGCUACAAAAAUUAAAAGAGACGUUCGGGUUUGAAUUUGUAAAGAACCUCCAUUUUUUCUGUUUUUCAAAGAAAAACAUGACCUCAAUUUCAUCGAAUAUCCUUACUCAAGGUGGAGGAUAUUUUAAUUUGAUCA